AUGCGACUGCGGAAGACUGCAGUCCGCGCGCUCUACAACUGCAUGCGCCUCCACCCCUCUUGCCCUUCGCGCGUCCGCGUUGCUCUCUCCCUCCGUCUCUUCCUCCGCUCUCCCCUCUGCCCCUCCCUCUCCUCCCUGUGGAUGAACGACAGGCUCCAACGUCACAGCGCCCACGCGCCGCUCCACCCGCCGGGUCAGCGCCCCCCCCGCUCACCAGGCAGCGCCGCGCGCUCUGCUGGCCGGGUGGACAGCACCGGCGAGCAUGCUGCACGCGGAGCAGCUACGUUGAGGGAGAGCCAACGGACGGUGUGCAGCGUUUCUUCAAGUGGAUGCUGCUGCUGCAGAGGUAGAG